CACUAACCAUAAUUUUGUUGGACAAAAUCCAAACAGAGCCUUGAGCGCUGUAAACUAACACAAAGUCAAGCUCCUUGCCAGAAAACGGACACGAACCUGAUCUCUAGAUCUCGUCCUUUCUUUUAUUUCCGCGGGAGAUCCUCGAUCCAUUUUCCGAUUCUGAGAUAACUUUCUGAUCUACAAUCUCUACUACUAUGAUCUGAAAUGAGAUGCAGCCUAAUCUCUUCCCCUUCGGCUCUGUUUUGGGUAAUCCGUUCCUCUUCAAUGGCGGAGAUCUAAACGAGGUUGGUGCUGGUGGGUUCGAGAGCUCUAGGGUUUUCUUUUUACUUCCUCUCUUGUUGUCCCAAGGUGAAGGCAUGGAUUUGUCUAAGGUUGGCGAAAAGUUUCUUAGCUCUGUUAAGUCCGCUACAUCCCUUGGACUCUUACCCUCUUCUUCUUCCUCCUCUUCCUCUGAUCGUCCUGAGAUUCCGGCACGUGCUGCUGCUGCAGCUGCUGUUGCUCGUGCUUUGGCUGGGCUUCCUUCUGAUCAGAGGUUGAGUAUAUCUUCUACUGCCACUGAGCUUAGCUCAAUAUAUGGAAACAGACCUCCUCCUCAAGAAGUUGAAGAGCUUGAAGAAGGCUUCUAUGAAGAGGAUUUUGAUCCAGUGAGACAUAUUUUGGAGAAUGUGCCAGAUGAUCAGAGUGAGCUUGCUUAUUUUGAGAAGCAGGCCACCCUGAGGUUAGUACAGCUGGAUAGAGUGGCAGAAAGCCUGUCUCAUCAUGUUAUGGAGCAUCAUGAAGUAAUGGUGAAGGGGAUGAAUUUGGUUAGAGAAUUGGAAAAAGAUUUGAAGAUUGCGAAUGUCAUCUGCAAGAAUGGAAGAAGGAAUUUGACUUCAUCUAUGAACGAGGCUUCAAGAGAUCUUAUUGUACACACUCAUUCCAAAAAGAAACAAGCUCUUCUGGAUAUGCUUCCUAUAUUAACUGAUCUUCGCCAUGCAAGACUAAUUCAGUCAAGUCUUGAAGACCUUGUUGAAGAAGGAAACUAUUGCAAGGCAUUUCAAGUUCUAUCUGAGUACUUGCAGCUUCUUGAUAGUCUAUCUGAGUUUUCAGCAAUUCAAGAGAUGACCCGUGGAGUUGAGGUUUGGUUAGGAAGAACUCUUCAUAAGCUUGAUUCACUUUUGAUGGGGGUUUGCCAGGAGUUCAAAGAAGAUAGUUAUUUAAUGGUUCUUGAUGCUUAUGCACUGAUCGGUGAUGUCUCUGGUCUCGCUGAGAAGAUACAAAGCUUCUUUAUGCAAGAAGUUAUAUCAGAAACCCACUCAGUCCUAAAGACCGUCGUUGGGGAGGAUAACGGUGUUGCCACCCAAUAUAGUAGACUUACAUACAGCGAUCUAUGUAUUCAGACACCAGAAUCCAAGUUUAGGCAAUGUCUCUUGAGAACACUAGCUGUGCUAUUUCAUUUAAUAUAUUCGUACCAUCAGAUAAUGAGUUUCACCCCAGAAAAGAAGGUAGAAAAUUUGAUCUCAACAAGUUCUGCAACAACGCAAAAGAUUGAUUCAUGCGACCCACAGGAUAGUGGUCUCUCUUCAGCCUUGAGUACAACAAGCAUACCUUCUUGUACCAUUUCUGCUGAAGAGUCUGUUGGAAGUGAAACCUUCAGUUCCGGGCAGGAAGCGUCUAAUAGUGAAAUAGACGAGUCUAAGGAUUCUGGAGAUACAGUAAGUAACAGCGAGUCACCAUGGUACUAUCUACGAAAAGAGAGUGCUGGUUUUGUUUCAGAAACUCUGCAGAGAGGACGCAGAAAUCUUUGGCAACUUACAACAAGCCGUGUGUCUGUUUUGCUCUCAUCCCCAGCUGCUUCUUCAACAAGUAUACAUCAAUUCCUUAAAAACUAUGAAGAUCUGAGCGUCUUUAUCCUUGCUGGGGAAGCGUUCUGUGGCUUUGAAGUUGUUGAUUUUAGGGAGAAGCUAAAGGGUGUGUGCGAAAAUUAUUUCACUGCGUUUCACAAGCAAAGCAUGCAUGCACUUAAAAUGGUCCUGGAGAAGGAGACAUGGACGAGAUUGUCACCUGAUAUUGUGCAAGCUAUCAAUUUUGCUGGUCUUGUGGGAGAUGGGGCUCCCCUUAUUAUAUCUUCCCGAAAUGCCUCUGGUUCUUCCAGAUUCUCUCACUCUAAUGACUCAACUGAUCCGAGUGGGAACAGGAGUGGAUUCUCAUAUUGGCUGAAAAGUGGAAACCCUUUCUCAGCAAAGUUAACUUACUAUAGAGAAGAUCAAGACUACUCCUCAGAUAAUGGAGCUGCCUCUGAAGAUCAAGACUACUCCACUGACGUUGUGAAUUCCAAGGUAAGAGAUAAAAAAGGCAUUAAUGGAGGUAGUCCUGUUUCAGGAUCAGGAGAUGAAAAUGAAGACCUUCAUGCUGACUAUAUUGAUGAGGAUAGUCAGCUUCCAAGACGAAGUUUUGCACGUAGUAUAUCAAGGAGUUCUUCUUCACAUUUGAGUACUAAUGAUGAUUUGAAAGCUCAAACAGGAUCGUCACUUUGCCUUCUAAGAUCAAUGGAUAAGUACGCAAGACUUAUGCAGAAACUAGAACUUGUUAAUGUCGAGUUCUUUAAGGGAAUAUGCCAAUUGUUCGGGGUCUUUUUCUAUUUUGUGUAUCAAGCUUUUGGUCAAGAAAAUACAAAUUCAGGUGGAAAAGGAGUUGCCAACUCUUCCAGUCAUCGUUUGAAAAACUGCUUAUCCCGGAUAUCUCAAGAGUGUGAGCAAUGGAUAAAACCUCAGUUUUCAUCAUCACCAUCUUCUUCACUUGCCUUUCCCAACACAGUUCAUAGUCUUGCGGACGUGACUCCCGCAAGUCCCUUAAAUACUACAUCUGGUCACGUAUCAGGCAUAACUUUUAGUCUAAAGGAAAGAUGUGCUGCAGUGGACACUGUUUCUCUUGUGGCCCGAAUAUUGCAUAAAUCAAAGGCUCAUCUUCAAUCGAUGCUUAUGUCAAGAAAUGGCUCUUUGGUUGAAGACUUCUUUGGUCAACUGGUUGGUUCCGUACCUGAUCUGACAGAGCACCUACACAGGACAACUGCGAGGAUCCUGCUGCAUGUUAAUGGAUACGUCGACCGAAUUGCUAAUUCUAAAUGGGAAGUCAAGGAGCUUGGAGUGGAGCAUAAUGGGUAUGUUGAUUUGAUGCUUGGGGAAUUCAAACACUACAAAACAAGGCUUGCUCACGGAGGCAUUUCACAGGAGGUCCAAAACCUCCUACUGGAAUAUGGAGUUGAAAUAUUUGCGGAGACGCUGGUGGAAGGUCUAUCUAGAAUAAAAAGAUGCACCGAUGAAGGACGUGCUCUCAUGUCAUUAGAUAUUCAGGUUCUAAUAAACGGGCUACAACACUUUGUGCCAACAAAUGUGAAACCCAAGUUACAGAUAGUGGACACAUUUAUCAAGGCAUACUAUCUACCAGAGACUGAAUAUGUCCACUGGGCAAGGGCUCAUCCGGAAUAUACAAAAGGACAGGUCGUAGGACUUGUGACUUUAGUAGCCACCAUGAAAGGCUGGAAGAGGAAAACGCGGUUAGAAGUUGUGGAUAAGAUUGAAUCAGCUGCUGCAUAGAUCAAAAUCAAGAACUUUUAGCAACAACGAGCGAUGUAUCUGCUGUAAAUUUGAGGAGAGCCCCUUCUUGAUUACUGUCGUUGUUUAUUGGGUUUUGUGUUGAAGAUCCUCCUCAAGUUGUGCCGUCUUGAAGGGAACUCCCCCCCCCUCCCCUCUCCUACCAUCAUGUAGUGCAGAAUCAUUAUGUAGUGCAAAAUCGUAUGAUUAUGGGUACUACCAUUUUCAAUUUUUUUCCGUAUUACAUGAUAUGAAGCAUUCCUUUUAUUAUAUUGUUGAUAAUUACUUUUUAUAUAUCAUGUUCACGAUAAUUAUUUUAAAUGGCAAUUUCAAAUCUUA